AAGUUUUAAAGAACGUAAAUGUUUUGUGCUGCACGAAGAGGUGCAGCUCUUCAUCUAAUAGCUCCAUGUAGCCGCUGCUUGUUGUUCCCCCAAAAUUGCUGAUGAUGACUAUAUUUUGUUUCGAUGAUGCAACUUUGGUUCUCAGCGGUUUCGUUCUCUGCUAACUUGUUACAAAUAAUGUGUUUUCAUCUGAUGGCUCCACAAUUAAAGCCCCUCUGUGUUAAAUGUAAGUGAGAGGCAGUAAGAACGGUUAAUAUCACUCUGUAUAAUGAUGUUUGAUGACUAUAGCAGAAAUAUUGCUCAUCAUAAAUCGAAUGACAUGUUUUGGAAUUUUAUGAACGCGUUGCAGAUUAGAUAUAGCGAUGUACUUUGUUUAUGUAGCACAGAAUUUACUCAUGUAUUUUGGAGCUUUGCCAGGUAAAAGUGGCAUCAGUAGAAAUUUAAAUCCUCUCAGAAAAUCAAAAGCAAUCAGAGUUCAGCUAGAUUUGAGCACCGGCUCUAGCUCGCAUCACUGAGCUUCCUUUGUAGUUUACACAAGUGGCCUAAGCGUUUCUACAUGUGCUCUGGUGUGUUAGCAUCGUUGUGUAAUUACGUCGUUAAAACGCUAUUUGGCAGUGAUUUAUACGCUGCAUCAACUGGAUGAAAACAGUUCACGUCAGAGCUAGUGGAUGAUGAACUAGUCCCAAAUCUAUGCAGAGAAAGAGAGUUUUUUUUGGGAACUGACAGACGCAGGUCAAUGAACUGCAUGAGCAGGUGUUGACGUGUAGUUAAAUUUCCGGUGCAUCUCAAACUACGGCUGCAGGACACGAGGCAGCAAAGAUCAGACGCAGGAGCAAAGCUCCAGCUUAUGUGGCAGCUUCCUGCUGUGGCUGGAGUGGUGGUUUUAAGAGGCGUAUGGGUGUGUUCUUUGAUACGUCUCCCCGUACUGGAUCGUCUGUUAAACCUUUCUACGUCAUGCAUCUAAAUCUGUGAAUGGGAGGUUCUCUCAGUUCGGUCUUUGUAGUUUACUCCUCUGUCUGAGCUGCAUUCUCCUGGCAGAACGGUGCGUAUGAAAGAGGCUGCAUGCAGAUUAAGUUUUAAGUAUAGAUAACCACCUCUCCUCUGGCUACGUCCUGAGUCGCUGCUUUUUUACCGUGCGAUCAUCGGUGAUGAAGUCCUGCCAUGCAACAGGAAGAGAAACUGAACUACCAGCUCGUGUUUCCAGCGCGGCUCUUUGUCAGACAGAGUGAUCUGAAAAAUGGAAAAGGAGAGAAAGGAACUGAGAAGCCAUUAUUAUAUAAGGGUCAUAAAAAUAGGACUAUUACCAUCAAGGACACCAUUAUGAGAGGGCAUUUAUUCAUCAUCAUCAUCAUCAUCAUCAUCAUCAUCAUCAUCAUCAUGACCAUCAUCAUCAUCACCACCACCACCAUCAUCAUCAUCAUCAUCAUCAUCAUCUGCUGCUGCUGCCUCUGCUCCCACUACCCUCUGCCAUUAUCGUUUCCCCCUCAUCAUCAUCAUCAUUAUCAUCAUCAUCAUCAGAAGUAGCAGCCUCACCAUUAUAGUCAUCAUCAUUAUCAUUAGACUCCGUAAUCAUCCACGAGGGGUUUCCACAGGCCAGGAUAAAAGGGCAGUCUCAGCCUUCGCCUUCCCCACAUUGUGUCUCAGUUUCUGGGAAGGAAGGUGGACUCUCUCUGAAACCGCUGCGUCCUGAAGACUUGGGGAUUUUCUUUCUACCUCCUCGGACAAAUGCUUUUCUUCUUUUUGUCUUUUCGUUUUCUGAAUAUCUCAGAUGCUAUAACAAGAGCUCAAAACACACUUGACCUUGCUAGCAGCGCUAAGUAGCUGCUGAGAUCGGUUUCUCUGUGUAUCCUCUGGGUGAUGAGGAGAGUCCUGCCUACAGCCAGCUCAGUAUGGAAAGCGAAACAGACAACUCGCGCAGCACGACCGACAACGGGAGGGAAGAUGAGGGCAGAGCAACCCAGUCUGAACCCACUUUUCCUCCUUACCUGUCCUGCAGGGGAUGUGGACAGCUCCGCGAUGAGCCUCUGGGACCUGGCAUAGACCUGGUCGGUCCGUACUGCCUUAGGUGUUGCAAAGCCUCCAGGGAAGCCAAAAGCACAGACUUCUGUUCACCUUUUGGAAGCAUCGGGGGGAUCCGCUCCGGUUCCCACUCCCAGCUCGAUUGCGAGGGUUUGGGCAACGGGAUGGGCGACAAGGAACUGACGGCGGGGGACAGGCUGUCCAAACUGCACUCGUGUCACCUCUGCGGCUUCUCGUCGCGAUACGCCAACCACGUGAAGCGUCACAUGAAGACGCACAACGGGGAGAAGCCCUUCAACUGCCCCCUGUGCACGUACGCCUCGGCCCAGCUGGUGAACCUGCAGAGACACCUGCGCAUUCACACGGGGGAAAAACCCUACAAGUGCGACAGCUGCACGUUCGCCUGCAGUUCCCUGGGCAACCUCAAGAGGCACCAGCGCAUGCACGUGCCGUCUGCGGGGUUGGGGCAGGACGCUCCGCCGCGGCCUCCGGGCGGCCAGAACAGUUUGAAGAGGCACGUGACCGGGCAGAGACCUAACGAGGAAACAUCUGUCGCCGCGGGCAAAGUUUCAGAGGUUGCCAGGCCGACGUCAAACAUUAGCUUGGGAGCCCAGAACAGCGACUACCUGUCGGCGUUCGACGGGUUAAAGGGAGCGUCGCCGCCGCCCAUACCAGCCUCCAACCCGGCUCCCGGCCACCACCCCCCUCCUCCCCUGCUGGAGACGAGCGGCAGCAGCGGCAGCAGCGGCAGCAGCAGUGGCAGCAGGGCAACUAGAGGAGGCGGAGUAGCAGAUGGCGUCGCCCUCCCCCCUUCGCUUUUCCCUUUCACCUGCCGUUUGUGCGGCAUCGUCCUGGAGGACGAGGACGGCUCCUCGGCCCAGAUCUGCUCCAAGUGCACCCUAGAAAUGCUGACGAAAGACUCGUCGUCGUCUCCCAACAGCCCCGGCGAGCGCAGCGACAAGGUGUACACCUGCGCCGCCUGCCCCUUCCUCACGCACUACCCCAACCACCUGGCGCGCCACAUGAAAACUCACAGCGGCGAGAAACCGUACAAGUGCCCGCAGUGCGACUACGCCUCGGCGCACUUCGACAACCUCAAGCGCCACCACCGGGUGCACACGGGCGAGAAGCCGUACAAGUGCCAUUUGUGCGAUUACGCGUGCGGGAACCUGGCCAACCUGAAGCGGCACCAGCGCGUGCACUCGGGCGCCAAGCCCUUCCAGUGCGCCGUGUGCAGCUACAGCUGCAACCAGAGCAUGAACCUGAAGCGCCACAUGCUCCGGCACACCGGGGAGAAGCCGUACAAGUGCCAGGAGUGCGGCUACACCACCGGCCACUGGGACAACUACAAGAGGCACCAGAAGAAGCACGGCCUGGCGACGGACGGAUGGGUGAAAGUGCCGAUGACCGGCAGCGGCGAAGAGGAGGAAGUGAGGAAAGGGGUGGGAGCUCAGACUCACAGGAAAGAAGCAGGGGUGGACAUGCAGUACAUGCAGAGGGAGGGGGGGCAGACGAUACACUCGUGCUACAAACUCGAGAUCGCAUAAAUUAUAACUCAGCAAAACAAAGCUACCAGCAAACUCCUUUUUCUGACUUUCACAGAGCCCUUAGAUUGUUUCAGUGUGUGUCGGUCUUUCAGUGUUUUUGUCGGACGUCUUCUGAGGCUGCUAAUUGUUUAUCUGUAGAAACUCGCACAAUUAAAGGAUCCGGAAGAUUCUGAUGCCUUUUUUCGGAUCAAGUGAGUCGUUCCGAGUCUGUUCCCCGCAGACGAUAUUUAACACACUCUAUGUUCUGUCUCAUUCUGUACGUUAAACCACGCCAGGCUAAUUAUACAGUAAUACUUCCCUCUCCAAGUAUAAUACAUAUCUGGUCCUUCAUUACAGGACAGAGGACUCUAUCGAAUAUUCCUUAUUAUACUGAACUGAUGCACAUAUUUGCCUGAAUUGUUGAAGCUGCUCUGUGUAGUUUUUAGGACACUAUGGAGGAUUUUUUUUAAACUGACUUUGAACCAAGAAUCUGGUUGAAUCCAUGAGAUUAUUUUAACAGUAGAUUCAAUCUGAAAUAUGCUUAAUUGUAUCCCAGCUACACGGUGCAGCAGGUCCCGUAAAGGGCCCCAUGGGUUGAUUGUUUGCUUUGGAGUGUAAACUCUGGUCAUGGCAUGCCUUCAGAUUAAUGUAUGUACUACUAGCAAAGUGCUAUUUAUUAGUACUGGAAUUGUUUCUGAUCAGACAUAAAUUACGUUGUGUUACCCUCACUGAAAACUCCAGUGUUCAUUUCUCCCCAAUCUGACGUGGAAUGCCGCAGUUUCUGGACGGUGUAGGGAAAAGCACAAUCGCACACAUUAGCGGCGGCAGGGAGAGGACAAACCGAACAAAACAGACAAAUCGUCUUUCAGUUGUGGAUCAUGAGUGACUGUAGUGUGUUCAGAAUGUCCCCUUCAGAGCUGUACUCGCUACAUAUCAGUCUUUUUUUUUUUUUUUUUAAUUCGCGUUGAGGAUGUUUUUAAGGGAAGCUGUUGAAUCCCCCUCUGUUUCAAUUACUGUUUACUAUUUACUGUGAAAUUAGCCCAUUCUUGUGUUUUCUUACUUGAAAAAAAAAGUGGAUAGUAAGCAUGUGAGUGUGUAAUAGUUGUUUUAUUUUUCUAAAGUGGCUGUGAUACACCACUAGGAGUGCAUCCUUUAAUAUAGAGUUUCAUUUGAAUGUGUGGUGUGUGUCAUUCAGUUGUCGUCGGGGGAAACAAGGACUGUGACUUAAAGUUCCUCUUUGUGUUGAAGGAUAUGCAAGUGAGAUGUCUCCAAACCGGCCGCCACACGUCGGAGCGUUGACCCCGUAGAUUAGGACCGAGCGGCCGUCUGUGUCUUUAUGCAGUGUCUCAUAAAUGCCUUAAGUGAGGAUUUGGAAAUAAACACGUGGAAUUCAUUUCAUUUGAAUGUCAA